AUGGAGUUUGACGACGGCAAGGUGCUGGACCCUGCGGAGGAUGUCAGGCUGGCAUGGCUCCGCAAACAGGUCAUGCUUGGUCUGCAGGUGAGCAAGGAGGCCUUUGACGCUGGUGUCAUUGGUACUGGCUUGCUCCGUGAAGGCGGCCGCUACGACGAACUCCGCGACUUUUUCGACGGGGAGCUCGAGGCCUCAGUCAUUCUGUUCUACACUACCCGUGAGAUGAAGUCUCGUGUGGUGCCGGUCGAUGUCGAGCGGCCCAUUCCGCCCGAGGAGUACGCCGCUAUGGAGGCCGAGCGUGCUGCUGCCCUCCAGGCAAAGGCCGAUGCCGAGGCUGCUGCCGCUGCUGCUGCCGCUGCCGCUGCCGGUGCUGACGCAGAUGCCGACGCAGUUGCCAAGGCAGAUGCGAACGCUGCCGAGUCUAGCAACGGUCCUGCGACGUCGGCGCCGGGUGACGGCAGUGACGAUGACGACGCCGUCUCGGUGACGUCUUCGUCGUCAUCGUCAUCGUCGUCUUCUUCCUCCUCCUCGUCCUCCUCGUCGUCUUCGGACGGCGCCGCCGACUGGCGGACCAACUUUGAACUUCCGUUGCCAAAGACCAAGACGGUGCGGCUGAUGGAGAGCGUGGACGAGGAGGUAACGACGGUCCACGUUGAGUUUGAGGAGCUGCCCGAGGGCCUCCUCGAGAUUGCAUCGAUGUACUUUAUGCGCAACUCGAGCGAUCCGAUCCACAACAACUCGUCACCCGAGGUGGUUAACAGCUCGAUGACGCAGAUGUUUGAGGUCGGCAUUCUGUGUGCCGAGGCGCUGCCGUUCAUGGAGACGGUGCUGAAAGAGGUGUACGCACCGUUGAUUGCGCGUGAGCUUGCGGCGUCGUCGGAUGGCGGGGCCGAGGCCAGCAGCAGCGCGUCGAGCAGCUCGGCGAGUGCGCUUGCUGUUCCGGACUUUAUCAACAAGUUUGCGGCACAGAUUGUUCACACCAUGCAGCACAUUCGGGCCGAGGUCACCAUCCAGAUUCCGGACGUCAAGAUGGUGGGAACGACGGCCGAGCAGAUGGCGCGCCACAUCAUCAACCUUGGACUCAUGCAGCGGCUCGAGUCUGCGUGCUACGAGUGGACGCGUGACAUUGCCGCGCUCUUUCAGCGGAUCAAGAGCCUCGAGCGGGUCGGCGGUGGGCCGAUGGCCGAGGUUGCGUACUGGCGCGAGCUCCACGCCGUUCUUGCGCAGGCGCACGAGCAGUUCAAUCUUCCGAUCGUGGCCAACAUCCUGCGGGUUCUCGAGGUCUCCGAGUUUGCGGCUGUCCGCGAGCUCAAGUACUCGAUCAAGGAGCUGUCCAAGGAGUACCUGCACGCCAAGGACAACGUCAAGUUUCUUACCACCCUCGAGCGACACUUUAAGAUCUUGUACGAGGGCUCGCUCGAGGCUAUGGCCAACACGCUCAUGCCUAUGAUGUCGGCCAUUCGCAUGGUGUGGAUCAUUUCGCGGCACUUUCGGGUCGACGAGAACUUGCAAAAGCUGCUGGAGCGGUGUGCGCGGCAGAUUGCCGACCGCGUCUCGUCAGAGCUCCCACUCAAGAAGCUUUUCCGCGACAUGACGCCCGACCAGGCCAUGGCGCACAUCUCGGCCGCCAAGCAUGUCCUCGACUCGUGGUCGGCCGUCUAUCUAGAGGUCCGCCGCACUGUCGAGGACCAGAAGAACGGCCGCUGGGAGUUUGACCGCAACCUGCUUUUCGACGAGACCGACUACAUGUCUGAACGCUGCGACGAGCUCUUCCUCAUUGCCAAGGCUCUCGACGAGUUCAAGCACACGCUCGGGCCCGAGCUCAAGACCGUGACCGGCGAGCCGGAGCAGAUUGAGAACGUCAUCAAGCAAGUCUCCGCCCUCACCUCGCUCAUCAUCAACGUCACCUUUGACCCGUUUGACAAGAAGCGCGCCGCGUAUUGGAAAGACAUUUACCAGCGGUUCCUCGUCAAGACCGCCACCAUCGACAAGGCUGCUGAAGAGUUCAUCGACAAGUCGUUUACCCAGCUCCGGUCGGCGUACGGCACGUUUGAGUUCCUUCAGCGCGUCCAAGUCCACAAGUGCCGCGCCGCCAUCCGCGACCACCUCAAGCAGAUGAACAUGUCGAUCCUCACGCAGUUUGGCCUCGAGGUCGCCCAGAUCCGCGAGCUCUUUGAGCGGCUCGAAGCUGCGCCGCCGCUUCCACGCAACCAGCCACCGGUUGCGGGUGCCAUCAACUGGUCGCACGAUCUCUUCCUCAAGAUGAAGAAGGCCAUCCUCAAGUUCCAAGAGUCUGAGGAGAUGAAGUCGCGUCCCGAGUACUCGUCGGUCCGCAACGCGUACCUCGACCUCUCGCGGCGUAUCUUCCACUACGAGACUGAGCUGUACAAGGCUUGGGUCGCCCGCGCAGACACCGACGCCGACCGCUACCUCAAGCGCAACGUGCUGGCUCUCGACCCCGACUCGGGUCGCAUCGUCGUCAACUUUCCGCCUGGCCUCCUCACCCUCAUUCACGAGACCAAGUACAUCGACGCCACCGGCCGGACAGUUCCGGAGCGCGCCCUCAACGUCUCGUUGCAGGAGGACAAGUACCACGCGUACGUCGAACAGCUCUCGUCGGUCAUCGAGGAUUAUACCGCGGCUGUCGAGCUGCUGGCACCGGCCGAGGCCGCCAUCAUGGCGCCGCGCCACCUCGCCGAGCUCUCCGCCGUCCUCCAUCCUGGCCUCACCGCCCUCAACUGGAAGUCACUUGGCAUUCCUGACUUUAUCGCCGCCUGCUCCGCCGCCAUCACCUCGUUCCGCUCCACGGCGGUCCAGGUCCAAAAGUCGGCCGCCCGCGCUGCCGACCUCGUCGCUCAGAUCUCGCGAAUGCAGCUGGUCGCCGACCCGCCGCAGGCCCCGCUGGUCUCGUCGGCCGACGCUGCUGCCUCGGCGCUCGCGCCCAUCGACCGCGACCGCGACGCGGCGGCGGUCUCGGCGGCGGUCUCGGCGGCGGUCUCGGCGGCCAUUGCGGCUGAGACCGGGCCGGACGCGACCGCGAACCUGCUCGACCUCAACGAGCUCGUCGCGCUCUUUGACAGUCACCGCAAGUCAGUUGUCACCGUGCUCCUGGAGCGCAAGGCCGCUGUGGCCUCGCAGCUCCGCGCCAUCGGCUCGCUCCUCUACGGCGAGGCCGCGUCGUCCGAGCCGGUCAUCGCCGCCUACUACAGCAAGUGGGAGGCCAAGAUCUACGACGCUCUCCUCAAGGCCGCGCUCAACUCGCUCAAAAAGCUCAAAGAGCUCUUUUUUGUCCGCGCAAACUUUAAGCGCUCUGAGAGCGCCACUCUUGCCCUCGUGCAGUCGUCGCCCAUGGCGCUCCUCUCUGCUGGCAUCACCACCACGUACGAGUCGUCAACAACCGCGGCUGGACCGGCAGGCCCGGUUCCGUCGGUCGCGGUCACCGGCGCCGGCGGACGGGAGAACUCGCGGAGCUCGCGCUCAUUCUCAGCAGCAAAGUCCAGCCGGACCGGCCGGACCGGCCGCUCGGGCCGCUCGAGCAAGGCGACAACUCGCUCGGCCCGGCUCGGGCAGCCGAGCACCAACGCCGGCGAGGGCGAGUCAGACCUCGGCGCGCACGUUGGCAACGCCGUUGAGAAGACGCCGUCGAUCCUCGGCGGAAUUGAGGUGGUGAGCCAAGUGGCCGCCUCGGGCGAGGUGCCUGGCCUCCGACCGACCCGGCUUGGCCCGCUUUUCAAGGUCCUUGUCAUCCGGCAGCCAAAGAUUGUGACAGCACCCUCGUACGAGGUCAUCCGCGAGCGACUCCGGUACGUCAUCGACUCGACACUGAGCGCGUUCAAGGCCGUUCCGCGAUUCAAGCGUGGAACGGCCGACGACAUUCCGUCGGCCGACGUUGAGUUCUCGUUCUACCCGGACAUUGCCGGCCACACCAAGGUCCGGUCGCUGGCCACCAAGCUUGUCAAGCACGUCGAUGCCACAGGCGGCGCUGUCGACAAGUACCUCAAGGCCAAGUGGUCCGAGGUUUAUGCCAACGUGUGGCGCGACCGUGAGAAGGCGCUCGACCGUUUUGUGAAGAAGAAGCCGACCACCGUGGCUUUUGACACGCUCCUCUACAACUACCAGGCCGAGAUGAACGCGCUGCUGGUCAAGUCGCGGGUCCAUGACGUCGAGUUUGUGAGGCUCGACCUCGGACACCUCAUGCAACUCAUCUCCGAGGCCAUGAUCCAGUGGAAGACCGACAUCGGAGCACGGCUCUUUGCCGCAGCUCUCGGCGAGCUCGAAGCACUCGAGGCGCGAAUGGCCGCGCUCAAGGCCGACCUCGAGACGCCACCGGACACCGGCAUCGACGACCUCAAGUUUGUGCUCAACACCAUUGCCGUCAUCCUCGACUCGUCGAUGGACAUGGAGCUUGCCAUCGGGGCGACCGAGGAAGCGUUCCGCACGCUGCGGACGCCAUCGUACGGACUUGUGGACGCGGCGCCGACGUGGGCGCCAGUCUUUGAGCGAGCUGCCAGCCUCCGCAGCGCGUGGCACGACCUGGUGGCGCAAGCGCGGUCCGUCGAUGUCGAGCUCGAGUCUGUCAAGGACAAGUUCACCGCGCACACCUCGGCCCAGGUCGAGGCCUUUACCGGCGCGGUGGAGGAGUUUAAGAACGACUUUGUGCGAGCCGGGCCCGAUACGGUCGGGCGCGACAUGGACGCUGGCCUCGAGCUGCUCGCGUCGUACACGCAGCGUGCUUCCGAGCUCAAGGCUGAGGCUGCGUCGCUCGCUCUUGCGCAAAAGCUCUUCAACCUCCCGAUCACUUCGUAUCCGCAGCUGGUCUUUGUCGAGCAAAAGAUGGACGACCUGCGGCUUAUCUACGACCUUUAUUCAGAGAUCAAGGACAGGAUUGCGUCGUGGAGCUCUACGCUCUGGGGCGAGCUGGAUGUCUCGGAGCUCCAGCGCGGGACCUCGAUCUUUCUCACCAAGCUCAAGCGACUGCCACGCGAGCUCAAGAAGCUGGAGCCGUUUGGUGUGGUGGAGGAGAAGAUUCUCGGGUUCAAGGACUCGAUCCCGCUGUUUUCGGACCUCAAGAACGACGCGCUCCGUCCGCGUCACUGGCAGAAGCUCAUGGAUGUGACCGGCAUGUCGUUUGACCUCGACCCGACGUCGUUCACGCUCGAGGCGCUCUUUGCCAUGGAGCUCCACCGGUACAAAGACAAGAUCGGCGAGAUUACGUCGGGCGCCAUGAAGGAGCUCUCAAUCGAAAAGGGCAUUGCCGCCAUGGCGCAGGUGUGGAAGGAACUGCACUUUGACAUCAAGAUGUACAACAACGGGACCGCAGACCGCGGGUACAUUCUGCGGUCGACGGAGGACAUUGUGGCGGCGCUCGACGACAACAUGAUGCAGCUGCAGUCGAUGCAGGCGUCGCGGUAUGUGGUGGCGCACCUGUCGGAGGUGACCAAGUGGGAGGCCGACCUUUCGCACAUUGCCGAAGUCGCCGAAGUCUGGAUGCGGGUCCAGCGCAAGUGGAUGUAUCUCGAGUCGAUUUUCAUCGGCUCGGCCGACAUCCGGCUCCAGCUGCCGGACGAGGCAAAGGCGUUCGACUCGAUCGACUCGCGGUGGAUCAAGCUCAUGAACGAGACGUUCAAGAACACCAACGUACUUGAGGCGUGCCACGCCGAGGGGCGACUCGGCAAGCUCGAAACGCUCGCCUUUGAGCUCGAGCAGUGCCAAAAAUCGCUCUCCGAGUACCUCGAGACCAAGCGCAUCGCCUUUCCGCGCUUCUUCUUCAUUUCCGACGAGGAGCUGCUCUCCAUCCUUGGCUCGCACGAUCCGCGAGCAGUACAGGAGCACAUGGUCAAGCUCUUCUCUAACACCGGGGCUCUGGUCUUUGGCUCGGGCCGGGCUGAGGCCUCGGUGGUCGGCAUGGAGUCGACCGAGGGCGAGUCAUUCGCCUUUGCCAACCCGGUUCCGGCCAGCGGCGCAGUCGAAGCUUGGAUGACCGGAGUGGAGGCUGAGAUGCAGGCCUCGCUGCGGCUGCUGACCAAGAAGGCCGUGUUCAACUACGCUAAGCUUCCGCGGAUCAAGUGGUUGCUCUCGGUGAUCGGGAUGGUGGCGCUCGCCGGCUCGCAAGUCCGCAAGGGUAAUAAGCUGGCGAUGAAGACAUUUGCGGCGAAGCUGACCCGCCAGCUCAACGAGUUGGUGGAGCGGGUGCGGACGCCGCUCAACAAGCUUGACCGGAAGAAGGUCAACACAACGAUCAUCAUCGACGUCCACGCGCGCGACGUCAUCGACCGCUUUGUCCGCGACUCGAUCCUCGACGAGUCCGAGUUUGAGUGGGAGUCGCAGCUGCGGUUCUACUGGGACCGCGAUGUCGACGACAUGCGCGUCCGCCAGUGCACCGGCGAGUUCCUCUACGGGUACGAGUACAUGGGCCUCAACGGGCGACUGGUCAUCACUCCGCUCACUGACCGUUGCAUCAUGACGCUUACACAGGCGCUCUCGAUGCGGCUCGGCGGCUCGCCAGCCGGCCCGGCCGGAACCGGCAAGACCGAGACGGUCAAGGAUCUGGCCAAGGCGCUCGGCCUCUACUGUCUGGUCUUCAACUGUGGCGAGGGUCUCGACUACAAGGCCAUGGGCCGGAUUUUCUCCGGCCUUGUCCAGACCGGCUCGUGGGGCUGCUUUGAUGAGUUUAACCGCAUCGAGCCGGAGGUGCUCUCGGUUGUCUCGCAGCAGAUCAAGCUCAUCCAGCUCGCCAUGGUCCGCGGGCACAAGACCAUCCACUUUGAGGGUCGCGACGUCAAGCUCGACAUGAAGAUGGGCGUGUUUGUGACGAUGAACCCCGGGUACGCUGGGCGCCGCGAACUGCCGGACAACCUUAAGGCUCUCUUCCGGCCCAUUGUUAUGGUUGUGCCUGACCUCGAGCUCAUUUGCGAGAUCAUGCUCUUCUCUGAGGGCUUUGUCGAGGCCAAGGUGCUUGCCAAAAAGAUGACUGUUCUGUACAAGCUCGCGCGUGAGCAGCUCUCGAAGCAGUACCACUACGACUUUGGCCUCCGUGCCAUGAAGAGUGUGUUGACCCAGGCCGGCAGCCUCAAGCGGGCGAACCCAGAGUCGCCCGAGGACGUGGUCCUCAUGCGCGCGCUCCGCGACAUGAACAUGCCCAAGUUUGUGUUUGAGGACGUGCCGCUCUUUCAGGGCCUGGUCUCGGACCUCUUCCCCUCGCUCGCAGCCGACACGUCUGUCUCGCAAAAGUUCCACGUUGCCGUCCUCGCCGCUCUCCGCGAAUCAGACUAUGUUGUGCUCGACGACCAGGUCUCCAAGGUGCUCCAGCUCCGCGACACCAUGGCGACCCGCCACACGACCAUGGUUGUUGGCCCAACGUCUGGCGGCAAGUCGGUGGUCAUCGACACGCUUCGACGGGCACAAAACAACCUCAACAUCUCGACCAAAGUCUACACCAUCAACCCCAAGGCUGUCACCGUGCCCGAACUGUACGGAAAGCUCGACCCGAACACCCGCGACUGGAAGGACGGCAUCCUCUCCAAGAUCUUCCGCGAGCUCAACAAGAAGGCGGCGUCGGGACGGAGCGGUGCGAGCGGCGAGGGCGGGGCUGGCGACGACGAGCGUGGCGACGGAGCUGGCGAGAGCGGCGAGGGCGGGACCGGCGACGACGGCGAUGCGGCCGGUGAGGGCGGGGCCGGCGACGACGAGCGCAGCGGCGCCGCCGCCGGCGGCGGCACGCGCGGACAAGCCAAGGGCUUUGCGCGGUACAUCCUGUUUGAUGGCGACGUCGACGCCGAGUGGGUGGAGAACAUGAACUCGGUGAUGGACGACAACAAGUUGCUCACGCUGCCCAAUGGCGAGCGGAUCAGACUGCAGGAGCACUGUAAGCUCCUGUUUGAGGUCUCCGACUUGCAGUACGCGUCACCGGCGACGAUCUCGCGGUGCGGCAUGGUGUAUCUCGACCCGCGCAACCUCGGAUUCAAGCCGGUGUACCAGCGAUGGUGCGCACGGCGGCCGAAUCGCGACCAGGGCGAGACGCUGGCGGGUCUGUUUGACAAGUACGUCCCGCCGGCGGUCGACUACAUUUUCUCGGGCCUCGUCGAUGGGGUCAUUCGCGAGAAGUUGGCGACAAUCAUUCCUCUGACGGCUGUGAACAACACUGAGCAGCUGUGCGUUCUGCUCGAGGCACAGCUCGACGACGAGAGCCCUCUCACGGAUCCGCUUGUCCUCGAGUCGCUCUUCCAGUACUGCCUGGUGUGGUCGUUUGGCGGCAACUUGCUGCCUGAGUCGCGGCUCAAGUUUGACGCGCUCGUCAAGCGAGUCUCUGAUGCCAUCCUAUUGGAAACGCCGGGCUUGCUUGCGGGGCCAGGCCAGCUCCCAACUGCGCUCCCGACGCUCUUUGACUACGUGUUUGACCUCGGCGAGUCCAAGUGGGAGCCGUGGCAGGCACGGGUGACGCCGUUUGCGCCACCUGCCGACAACGACUUUCACAAGUUUAUGGUGCCGACGGUGGACACUGUGCGGAACACGGCGCUGCUCGACCUGUUCGUCUCGUCGCGGGCACCGGUGCUGUUUGUGGGCGGGACCGGGACGGCCAAAACGGUGACGAUCCUCAACUACCUGCGGAGCCUCGACCCGACGGGCCACCAGAUGUUGAGCGUCAACUUUUCGAACCGGACCUCGUCGCUGGACCUGCAGCGAAGCCUCGAGUCGAAUGUGGACAGGCGAACGACUGACACGUACGGGCCGACGUCAGGCAAAAAGCUCAUUGUGUUCAUCGACGACCUCAACAUGCCGCACAUCGACAUCUACGGGACGCAGCAGCCGCUCGCGCUGCUCAAGCAGCUCAUGACGUCAGACGGAAUGUUUGACCGCGGAAAUGACCUGCGGUGGAUUUUCCUCCGCGACGUGCAGUACGUGGCGGCGAUGGCGCCGCCGGGCGGUGGAGCCAACUCGAUCGAUCCACGGGUUGUCUCGCAAUUCAACGUCCAGCACAUUACCGAGCCCUCGAACGAGUCGCUGGAGCGGAUUUUCAACUCGAUUCUCUCGCACCACCUCCUCACCUUUUCGGAGGAGCUACAGGACGAGCUCAAGCUCCUCACAGAGAUGUCGCUCGCGCUCUACCGUCACGUUGCGCUCCACCUGCCCCCGACGCCGUCCAAGUUCCACUACAUCUUCAACCUUCGCGACCUCUCGCGGAUUUACGAGGGCCUCUGCACCUCGACUCCGGACGCAUUCGCCACGGUGACCGACUUUGUGCGGCUGUGGCGGAACGAGGCGCUGCGGGUCUUCCACGACAAGCUCAACGCUGGGCAGGACAAGGCGCUGGUUCAGAACAAGAUCGAAGAGCUGAUUGGCAAGUUCUAUCCCGAGUCGCUGGAGUCGGCGAUGGCUGAGCCGCUGGUGUUUGGCGACUACGCCGAGCUGGCGGACGCAGCGAAGCGGGUGUCUGCACUCGGCGACGCGUCAGUGGUGGCUGCGGCGUCUGGAGCAGACCUCGCACCGGGUGUGGUGCCAGGCGGUGAUGGCGGUGGUGGCAGCGGGAGUGCCGCACCGAUGGCACUGUUGCGGCUGUACGAGGACGUGGGCGACUACUCUGUCAUGCGCAAGAUUUUCACCGAGGUGCUCGAAGAGUACAACGAAGGUCACACCGAGAUGUCGCUGGUGCUCUUUGAUGAUGCGCUUGAGCACCUCAACCGGAUUUUGCGGAUUGUGCGGCUGCCGCGCGGCAACGCGUUGCUGGUGGGCGUGGACGGGUCGGGGCGGAAGAGCCUGACUCGGCUGGCGGCGUUUACCUGCGGCUACACUGUGUUUGAGAUCCAGCUGACGCGCGGGUACGACGAGGCCGCGUUCCGCGACGACCUCAAGACGCUGUACACCAUGCUAGGCGUGGAGGACAAGGAGGUGGUGUUUCUCUUUACCGACGCACACGUGGCGGACGAGUCGUUCCUCGAGCUCAUCAACAACAUGCUCACGUCCGGCAUGGUGCCAGCGUUGUUUGACGACAACGAGAAGAAGGAGGUGAUCAACGCAGUCCGCGACGAGAUGGCCGCCCGCGGGAUGAGCAAUGCAUCUGCGUCCGACUCGUGGGCGUACUUUGUGGACAAGUGCCGGAACAACUUGCACGUCGUGCUCUCCAUGUCGCCUGUGGGCGACGACCUUCGCGUGCGGUGCCGGAACUUCCCGGGCCUUGUCUCCAACACCAUCAUCGACUGGUUCUCGCAGUGGCCAGAAGAGGCGCUGUACGCGGUGGCGGACGCGUUUGUGGCGGACAAGGUGCCUGCUGCAAUGCAAGAGUCGUUGGUGGAGCACAUGGUGUUUGUGCACACCUCUGUUCUCGCUGCGUCGGAGCGGUACGAGGCGGAGCAGCGGCGGCGCAACUUCUGCACGCCGAAGAACUACCUCGACUUUAUCAGCAACUACGUGCGGCUGCUGCAGAAGCGCAGCGACGAGAUUGGCGAAGAGGUUGCACGGCUGGGCGGCGGGCUGCAGCGGCUUGUGGAGGCUGGCGAGCAGCUCGACGAGCUCAACGUCAAGCUGCAGACGCAGCGUGGAGUGCUCGACGAGAAGACACUCAAGUGCAACGAGCUCAUCGAUCUCAUCCAGGAGAAGAACGAGCAAGUGAGCGCCAAGGCCGAGGCCGUGAGGGCAAAAGAGGCGGAGCUGUCUGCUGCGCAGGACCAGAUCAUCAUUCAGAAGAAGGAGGCCGAAGAGGCGCUGGCGGAGGCGCUGCCUGCGUUGGAGCGUGCAGACGCGGCAGUGCGGUCGCUUAAUCCGCGGGAGAUCAACGAGCUACGGACGAUGGCGCGGCCGCCCGAGGCCGUGCAAAAAGUGUGCGAGUGCGUGCUCAUUCUUGUGGAGCGAAAGACCAAGGCCGAGGACAUCAACUACAAGAACGCGCGUGUGAUGAUGGGCAAGAUUACCUUCCUCCGCUCGCUCAUCGAGUACAUGGACAAAGUGGAUCUCAUCAAGCGGUCGCAAGUCAAGGCGGUGACGGACAAGCUCCGCAAGCACGAUCUGUUCCGGCCGGACGCGAUGGACGGCACUUCGGUGGCCGGCGCUGUCCUCCUCACCUGGGUCCACGCCAUCGUGUACUACGCCGACGUGGCCAAGAAGGUCAACCCGAAGAAGCAAAAGGUGGCCGAGCUCGAGGCGUCGCUCAAGCAGUCUGAGAUCCAGCUGAAGGAGCUCAAGGCGCAGUCUGUGGAGCUCCAAGCGACGCUCGAGGCGCUUUCGAAGGAGCUGGCGCAGGCCGACGGCGAGAAGUCGCAGCUGACUGAGGAGGCAGCGAUCAUGCAGCGGCGACUGGAGGCGGCGUCCAAGCUCAUGUCUGGGCUGGGGACGGAGAAGGUCCGUUGGACGGCGCAGGCCGAGGACCUCAAAGAGCAGUACGAGCGUCUGCAAGGUGACUGCAUGCUUGCGGCUGGCUUUCUCUCGUACACGGGCUUUUUCUCGUUUGACGUCCGACAAGAGCUGGUGUAUGGGACGUGGCUCGACGAUCUUGCGGCGCGCGGGGUGGCGCUCUCCGAACCGUUCUCGCUGGCGAGCUUCCUCUCCGACGACGUCGAGGUCUCGCAGUGGGCUGGCGAGGGCCUGCCGUCGGACGAGCUGUCUGUGCAAAACGGCAUUCUGACGACGCGGUCGUCGCGUUGGCCCCUCUGUAUCGACCCACAGCUGCAAGCAGUCAACUGGAUCAAGAAGCGCGAGGCGCCGAAUGGUCUUGUGGUCACCUCGUUUGCCAGUCCUGUGUUUGUCAAGCAAGUGGAGAACGCGGUCCAGCACGGAUUCCCGCUCCUCUUUGAGGGCAUCCACGAGUACGUGGACCCGGUCAUUGACCCUGUGCUCGAAAAGGCGAUCAAAUCCGUGGGCAACCGGCGGUUCAUCACGCUAGGCGACAAGGAGAUUGAUUGGAACGAAGACUUUCGGCUGUACCUUACAACGCGACUGGCGAAUCCCGAGUACGCGCCGGCGGUCUUUUCCAAGACCUCGAUCAUCAACUUUACGGUGACCGAGGGCGGGCUGGAGGACCAGCUGCUCAAUGUGGUGGUUCGGCACGAGAAGGAGGAGCUCGAGAUCAAGCGCGAGUCGCUGGUGACUGAGAUGUCGCAAUCGAAGACGCUGCUCAAGAGCUUAGAGAACUCACUGCUUGCCAAGCUCGAGUCUGCAACGGGAUACAUGCUCGACAACGAGGAGCUCAUUGCCACGCUGCAAGAGACCAAGGCCAAGGGGACGGAAGUGUCCGAGAAGCUUGCGCUGGCACAGACGACCGCGGCUGAAGUGGAGGUCUCGCGGAAUGCGUACCGGCCUGCGGCGGCGCGGGGCUCGAAGCUCUUCUUUGCGCUCUCGGGCAUGUCGGCGAUCUCGCCGAUGUACGAGUUUUCGCUGCUGGCGUACCUGGACGUGUUCUCGUCUGCGGUCGUCAAGUCGCCAUUUUCGGCGAACAUGAGCAAGCGACUGGCGGCGAUUGUACAGGCGCUGACCGAGGCGGUGUACGUGUAUGGAUGUACAGGCCUUUUCGAGCGGCACAAGCUGACGUUUUCGCUCCAGCUCGCACUCAAGGUGGCCCAGGAUGCCGUGCCAGGCGAGCAGCUCGACUUUUUCCUCAAGGGCAACAUUUCGCUGCAAAAGUCGGAGCGGACCAAUGUGCUUGAGUGGCUGCCUGCGCGUGGAUGGGAGGAUCUGCAGCGGCUGGAGCGGCUCGGUGGCGUGUUUGAGGCCGUGGUCGACGCGGUGGUGGAGAACGCGGACGCGUGGCACUCGUGGUACAUGUCCGAGGCACCGGAAGAGGUCGAGGAGCUGCCUGGCGGAUGGGGGCACGAGGCGAACGAGUUUGAGCGGCUCUGCCUCUUGCGGUGCUUCCGAACCGACCGGGUGUAUGUGGGCGUCUCGCGGUUUGUGGUCUCGCAAAUGGGCGAGCGGUAUGUGCAGCCGCCGGUGGUCUCGAUCAAGUCUGUGUUUGACCAGUCAACGCCGACUGCGCCGAUUGUGUUUGUGCUCUCCCCCGGCUCGGACCCGUACGCUGACCUGUCCAAGCUCGCGGACGAGCUCGACUUUCGGGCGCGGCUCAAGACGCUCUCGCUCGGCCAGGGCCAGGAGGGGCUGGCCCGGACGCUGCUGGAGACAGGGGCCACGCGCGGGCAGUGGAUUCUGCUCAUGAACUGCCACCUGCUCACCAAGUGGCUCAAGGAGCUGGAGAAGCUGCUGGAGGGCCUCGAGGCGCCACACAAAGACUUCCGGCUCUGGCUCACGACCGAGCCGACAGACGAGUUCCCGAUCGGGAUCUUGCAGCGGUCGCUCAAGGUGGUGACCGAGCCGCCGUCCGGGCUCAAGUUCAACAUGGCGGCGUCGUUUGCCAAGAUUACGCCGAACAUGCUGAGCUCUUCGCCACACCCGGCGUUCCCGCCGCUUGUGUAUGUCCUUGCCUUUUUCCACGCCGUGGUGCAGGAGCGGCGCAAGUACGGCAAGGUUGGGUGGAACGUGGCGUACGACUUUAACGAGUCGGACUUCCGGGUCUCGUUUGAGCUGCUACGGACGUACCUGACCAAGGCGUGGGAGAAGGGCGAGGCGGCGCUGCCCUGGGGCUCGCUGCGGUACCUCAUUGGCGAGGCGAUGUACGGCGGGCGCGUGACGGACGACUUUGACCGGCGGGUGCUCAUCACGUACCUCGACGAGUACAUGGGCGACUUUCUCUUUGACACCUUCCAGCCGUUCUACUUUUACGCGCCGGGUGACGAGGAGGCCAGCAGCGGAGUGGCUUAUUCGAUUCCUAGCGACCACUCGCUGGGCGGGUACCUCAACGAGAUCGAGGCUCUGCCGCAGCACAACUCACCGCAGGUCUUUGGCCUCCACCCCAACGCAGAGAUUGGCUACCUGACGGAUGCGACGCGGUCGCUGUGGCGGAACAUGAUCGACCUGCAGCCGCGAGUCGGGUCUGCGACCGCAAGCGGUGGGCUCUCACGCGAGGCACUCAUUGGCUCGAUCGCCAUGGACAUCCAGUCGAAGCUCCCGGCGGCGUUUGAGGUCGACCGCAUCACCAACGAGAUGGGCGCGGUUCUCUCGCCAGUCCAGGUUGUGCUGUUGCAGGAGCUGGACCGGUUCAACGCGCUGCUGACAACAAUUGCCAACAGCCUGCACGCGCUGCAGCGGGCGCUGGUGGGUGAGAUCGGCAUGAGCGCCUCGCUCGACGAGCUCGCGCACUCGCUUUACAACGGAGCUCUGCCACAGGUGUGGCGGCGGCUGGCGCCGGCGACAGAGAAGCUGCUUGCGGGAUGGAUCGACCACUUCCUCGAGCGGUACAGACAGUACGCCGACUGGGUUACGCACGGCGAGCCGCCGGUGAUGUGGCUCUCGGGCCUGCAUGUACCCGAGGCGUACCUGACGGCGCUAGUGCAGACGACGUGCCGGGCCAACGGGUGGCCGCUGGACAAGUCGACGCUGUACACACAGGUGACGCAGUUUGUCGACCCGGCCGAGGUCGAGUCAAAGCCCGAGAGUGGGUGCUACGUCCGCGGACUCUACCUCGAGGGCGCGUCGUGGGACCGCGAGGCCGGUGCGCUCGCACCGCAGGAGCCCAAGGUUCUCGUCACUGAUCUUCCGAUUCUGCGGAUUGUGCCCAUCGAGCGGCACAAGCUCAAGCUUGGCGGGACGUUCAAGACGCCCGUGUACGUGACCCAGGGCAGGGCGAACGCCAUGGGCGAGGGUCUGGUGUUUGAGGCCGACCUCGGGAGCGAGGAGCAUGAGUCGAUCUGGGUUCUCAGCGGCGUCUCGCUCUGCCUCAACGUGGCGUGAGUGGCAGAUGAGCUCAGCGGGAGAGGCGGAUAAAGUCGGCGGCAUGCA